AUGUCUUCCACUGCUUCUAAGCCCGGUCGUGCUGCUGUAUGGAAGCUUCUUCCACCGGCCAGUAACCACCCUGCUGAAUCUACCAUCAUUCCUGAUGAUGGAAGCAAGGGCAGCCAGGAGUCCAUCAUUGGAGAAGACCAGCGUGCCCUGGUCGACUUCAGUGACCUCCAAGAAGGAGGGAAAUACCGCUCUAUUGUCAAGAUCCAGGCUCGUUUUGAAGGCAAAGGUAAGCCAGUCUGGAUGAUGGGCACUGGUUGGCUCAUCCGCCCUGACAUUUUGGUCACCGCUGGUCAUGUUGUCUACGACUGGGGUCGACACUAUGGAGCCGCGACCCAGAUCCGAUGCUAUAUCGGUUAUAACGGUCGUGCUUCGGUCAAGACCGCCCAGGUUCAGGUUCGUCACGGCGUCAAUGUCGUGACCACGUCCGAGUGGAUUGAGGCUGCCAACAACCGUACCCGUGACGUCGCCUUUGUUCAGCUUGAUCGAGCCUUCACAGGCAACCUGAGGACUUUCAACUUCGUCAACACCCCUAUGUCAGGCCACAAGACCCUAUUGGGUGUUGUUGGUUAUCCUGGUGAUAAGAGCCUCAGAGAUAUCGAGACUGGAGACGAGGAGAACGGCGCUCAAAUGUACGAAGAAUAUGCCAAGAAUGACUACGACAUUGAAGCAAGCCCUCGCCAUAUGGUUGAGUAUUCGAUCUCGACUUUUGGAGGACAAUCCGGCGCGCCCAUCCUACGAAAGGCCAAUGGGCAAUUGGUCUCCAUUGGAACCCAUUGCUACGGCGGCGGCGGUACUGAUAGUAACUCUGGUAACUCCAUCGGCAAUGCUUAUGGAAACAACUAUGAGAAUUUUAUCCGUCUCUUCAGUAUUCCAUCUACGUUCGGGGCCUAUGGUACUGUCCGCACUGUCGAUACGCAGGCUCAGUCCCUCAACAAUCCACCUGGCAUCAGCAACAACAGCACUAUUACUCGUCCAACUGACACUAUGAAUGGACAUGGGCGCUCAAACGGAAGCGCAGCCAUCAACGCCCGUUCCACAGAAGCUGGCGAGGAGGGUUUCUUGGACAUCUUCAAGAAGGUCGCCAAUGUCGGCUCCAAGCUUAUUCCUCUUGCAUCCCCCUUCCUGGGUCCUGUUGGUGGGAUCCUUGGUCCAGCUGUCGGAGGACUGUUGGGUUCGCUUGCUGAGAGUAGUAUGUCUGAGAGCCCCGAUGUCGAAAAGAACGGUACUGCAGAGCGUGCCAUUCUUGCUGAGGCUGCGCUGCAAGCAGUUCUUGCAUCAGAGCAGACAGAAGGCCUAACUGAGGUUCUCGGUAAGAUGCAGAGCAUUUGGCGAUCCAACGCCCCGAAGGUUGACCUUCUGGCUCCUGUUGUCAGUCCAAUGGUUGCCCAGUGUGGUUCGGGACUAGUCCAACAUCACAAGGGUCCCCGACACACUCAGAGGCAGGGACUUCCCCAUAACCAGCCGCGCCGAAGCCUAGGAGUGGACUUCUCCGAGAGUUCGCUUGGUGAUGAAGAAGCCGCGUUCAUCCAGGGCCUUAUGGGUCCAACACGGCAAGUGGCUGGGGAAGAGGGUAUCUUCGACUGGCUUGGCCCUGUCCUCAAGACUGCAGUCAAUGUGGCCAAGCCCAUCGCUACUCAGGCCAUCGGAAGCCUGAUCAAAGGCGCACUCGGAGCCGAGUCUACCGUCUCCGAAGUCUCCAGCGAGCACGAGAAAGCUACCAAGAUUCUCCUCCAGCGUGCUGUUAUGGCCGAUACAGCUCUGCAGGCUUUGAUGACUAUGCCUUCGCAUAAGUUACAGCAACUGAAGCCCAUCAAUGCCGACACAGGUGACACCGAAGGCAUUUUUGACUUCAUCAAGGAUACAGUGCAGAAGCUGGGCCCUAUGGCUCUCGAUACCGCCAAACAAGCCGCGAAAGCCUAUCUGCCCCGCCUCAUCGAUGCUGCCAGCCAGAAGGUGUCAUCCAAGCUUGGCUUUCAGCCCGAGACCUCCACCGUUACCCAUCGACUGUCCAAGAAGGCUUCUCUCCUGGAUACCCUCAAUAGCAACAGCAACGCACUCAAGGUGAGCCAUGUUGAUCAUACGGCAGCUGGCCCGGCUUCCAUCGAUAUCACUCCAAUGAUCCGCGCUCGCCAGAUGGCCUGGGUGCCAUCUGAAGAGUGGCAGAAAGGCUGGGACGAUAACGAUGAUGGCCCAGUCAUGAUGAAGCAGCCUCCACCUGACUUUUGA